AUUCUCACGCUCAUUUGUACUCAGUGAGAUGUUUCUGACCAUUGGCCUUCUCAUCUUGAUCAUAGCGACAGCUUCGCGUGCGACAACCUGCGGAUACAAGGACGGCAACCCCCAGAGCGCCCGAACAGCUCAGUCUGACUACAGAUGCCGCGUAGAUACCGCAAACGGAUUGUGGGGAUUCUGUCCAGCAACUGUGAUAUCAGCAAGAGAUUGCGGUCUAGCCGGAGUAUGCGUGGACAGACAUUCUUGCACUGAUGGUUGUGGCCGUCUAUCUGACCGACCGGACAUCACCACUUUCUCAUGUGAAAGCUCACAGUUCUGUUCCACUGUGCUACUGAUCAAUGGCCCUGAUCAGUCCUUUGAGUACAUUGCUUGCGGAGCAGAAGCUCGAACCGAUAGGCUAUUUCCGUCUCCGAGCUCCGUCGCAGCAACAACAACACCAUCGAGUUUCAGCUCUGUACUCAGCAGCUCUUUGACUAGUCUACCCUCGCGACCGACGACCACGGUCGUAGAAACAUCUCCCAUACCCACCUCCAGCUCCAGCUCUGCUUUGAACUCCUCAAUCGCAUCUUCGACACCAGAACCAAUCUCUACUACUGCUAAGCAAGAGCCAUUGCACCUUGGAGCUAUAGUGGGAGGGGCUAUUGGGGGCCUUAUCGUGAUUUGCUUGACCGUUCUCGGAGUCGUACUCAUACGACGUAAGCAUGGACUUAAGGGACAAGGGACAUCGCCCCCAGGCCAUACUAAUCACGGCUGGAACGAAUUCGCAGACGACGCUUCGGGAGAUGUUAAGAAGAACAAUCACUGGGUGAGUAACCAUGGCCCGGUCGAGAUGUACAGCGGACAUCACGUCAAUAUGGAACCCGUUGAGCUGGACACCUUGAAACGAGCCAAAUGAGAAUUACCCCGAAGGAAAUACAACUAUAUCAUGUAACAAUCACAUCUAGAACUCCAGCAUUAGACUAAUA